GGAGAGAAAGGGAGUGUAAGAGGGAGAGGGCUGGAAAGCAGGGAACCAGAGUUGCGCAGGAGCGAUGGAGAAACAGGCUUUCUGCUGUGAUCAGUGUUUUCAUCAGUAGUCUUGUUCUUCAGCUGCUCUGUCGUGGGGAUUGCAGACAUUUCGCCACUCUCUCACUCUCUCUCACACACAAACUUGGAAUAAUCUCUGAUUACUCACACACACACACACACACACUCUCUCUCUCUCUCUCUAACCUGACACACAAGACGUACACAUAGCGGUCGCUGUGCUAGUAUGGCAAGAUGCUGCUGCUGCUGCUAGGGUGUGACAUGUGUCAGGUGUGUAUGAGCUGGGGAUCCGGGCGUGUUGAUUCCCAUGCACACUUUGACACACUCACACUUUGACUUGAUGCCUGGUGCGUCUGACAGGCCGAGAGGAGAAACAGCACGCCUGGCCAGGGGCCCUCCAUGCCAAUGGAAGAAUGCAAGCAGAUCAUGGCACGCCAGAAAUCUAACAGCCAGUCAGACUCACACGAUGACGAGGUUUCUCCCCCACCGCCCAACCCUGUUGUUAAGGCCCGGCGCCGCAGGGGAGGGGUCAGCGCCGAGGUGUACACUGAAGAGGACGCUGUCAGCUACGUACGCAAGGUGAUCCCUAAGGACUACAAGACCAUGACCGCCUUGGCCAAAGCCAUUUCCAAGAAUGUGCUGUUUGCUCACCUGGACGAUAAUGAAAGAAGUGACAUAUUUGAUGCCAUGUUCCCAGUCACCCACAUUGCGGGGGAAACAGUCAUCCAGCAAGGCGAUGAAGGAGACAACUUCUAUGUGAUUGACCAAGGUGAAGUGGACGUGUAUGUGAACGGGGAGUGGGUGACCAGUAUUGGAGAAGGAGGUAGUUUUGGAGAGCUGGCCCUGAUCUACGGGACUCCCAGAGCUGCAACCGUCAAGGCCAAGACUGAUCUUAAACUGUGGGGCAUCGACCGAGACAGCUACCGACGCAUUCUCAUGGGCAGCACACUGAGGAAGAGAAAGAUGUAUGAAGAAUUCCUCAGCAAGGUGUCCAUCCUUGAGUCUUUGGAUAAGUGGGAACGUCUCACUGUGGCUGAUGCUCUGGAGCCAGUUCAGUUUGAGGACGGAGAGAAGAUAGUGGUGCAAGGAGAUCCUGGGGAUGACUUCUUCAUUAUUACAGAGGGAAUAGCCUCUGUUCUGCAGCGCAGGUCUGACAACGAGGAGUACGUGGAGGUCGGGCGCCUGGGACCCUCUGACUACUUUGGUGAAAUCGCCCUGCUGUUGAACCGUCCCAGGGCAGCCACCGUAGUCGCUCGCGGUCCGCUCAAGUGUGUGAAGCUGGACCGGCCCCGCUUUGAGCGCGUGCUGGGGCCGUGCUCAGAGAUCCUCAAGAGGAACAUCCAGAGAUACAACAGCUUCAUCUCCCUUACUGUGUGACAUGUCGGCCCCUCUGGGCCCCCCACCAGCAGGGGUGGGCAGCAUCAGCAUCAGAGUUUAGGUGCGUGGGUGGGAAUAGGUGAGGAUGCGGGGUGAAGGACAUGGGUUUUACAUCCACAACUACAGGGCGCUCAUUUUCUGCCUUUUUUCCAUUUCUUUCGCUAUUCUUUUUUCUUCCGAUCUUGUGCACUUUGACCUGUGCUGUCACGUAGCUUUAUGUCAAAACCAACACGCAGGAGUGUAAAAAUCAGAACGAGGACAGAGAUAAUAUAACUCAUUAAAUACUGUAAAUGAAUCAUAUAUAUACAGGGCGGCAACUGUAUGUGAUGCAUGCUUCUAGACUGACCAAGAACGGCAUUUGCACUUUCAUGAAUCUAUGGAAGGUACGGAUGAAUUCAGGAAAUAAGAAGGAUGUAAAGUCAUGUUUACGUACAGCGGGAGGAAGUGAAUACACGUUUAUUUUUGGCGCCGGCUGUUGUUUGCCUUUUUUUUCACUUCUGGGUGUGCGUGGUGUCAUUUCUAGGUCAAAUCAGACCCGCACUACACAGACCCCUGUUCCCCUAAAACGCAGCUGUACAGGUUGAAAGAAAAGUAAAUACUCCGCCGUUUCAUUUUGAACGCUUCUUAAGUGUGCUUUUACUGCUAUUAUCAGUUGGGGGUUUGUUAAAGGCAGUGGGAUGCUGAGUUAAGAUUUUAAUAUUAUGUCAGCCAAAUUAACGAACAAAUCUGUUUUUUCUCAAGAAACCGUCUCUGUCCCAUUAGUUGCAGGAUUCCAAAGGAGCAGUGGUGUUAUCAGUCCAGUCCGCACACACACAAAGAGAGUCUGAAACACGCUGACAUGAAACACUCAACCAUACUGUAUAUGCUUACACUGUCUCAGGACAAUUUCAAUCUUCAACACAAACACACACGUCUUUUCUGGCGCUUUUGAUUUUGUUCUCUGUCAUAUUGCUAGAUGAAAGCUUUUGCACCACUUUAGAGUUUGUAACGUUGGGUCAAUACAGAUGUUUGAUUUAGCUGUUUUUUUGAAAUAUGACUUAUAUGUUUAUGAAUAUAUAUAAAAAACAGAAGUAAAAAAACUUGUGUUGAAGUACUUGUGUUGCUUUCCUUUGAUCUACUGUAUUUUGUCAAACUUGCACAACUGACCCAGCGACUGAUGUUGUAUAAAAUGGGACCUGAAAAGAAUCUCUCUCUCUCUCUCUCUCUCUCUCUCUCUCUCUCUCUCUCUCUCUCUCUCUCUCUCUCUCUCUGUGUAUGUCUUUCUUUCAACUAUCCAACUAUCUUGAGCAAAUAAAGAUAAGCUUCUGAAA